UUUCAGAAGGAAACUGGGUGAGUCAUCUUCUGCAGAUAAGCUGAAAUAUUAAUAGUUCUAUCUCCAUCAGGCUCCCCUGCAGGCAAAUAACAAGACUACCACAGAGCGCUGCCAGUUAAGCGGUUAGCAGCAAAUUAGCGUAUAAAACGUUCUUAGAGGACAGAUGGAUUUGAAACCUGCCUGACCGUGGAUCCCCCCGGAACCCCUGCGCGCUUAUUGCAGGAGUGACCAGGAUACUACUUUUUAGAAGUAAUGCCCACAGAAAGCGGAAGUUGUUCAACUGCUCGCCAAGCAAAACAAAAGCGCAAAUCACAUAGCCUUUCCAUACGAAGAACUAACAGCUCGGAACAGGAGAGGACAGGACUACCAAGAGAAAUGCUGGAAGGACAGGAUUCUAAACUACCUUCCUCAGUUCGCACCACACUUCUGGAACUGUUUGGUCAAAUAGAAAGAGAAUUUGAAAACCUUUAUAUUGAAAACUUAGAAUUGCGUAGAGAAAUUGAUACUCUUAAUGAACGUUUAGCUGCUGAAGGACAAGCGAUUGAUGGAGCAGAACUGAGUAAGGGCCAGCUCAAAACAAAAGCCAGUCACAGUACCAGUCAGCUUUCUCAGAAACUAAAGACCACUUACAAGGCUUCAACCAGCAAGAUUGUCUCCAGCUUUAAGACUACCACAUCAAGGGCUGUCUGUCAGCUUGUAAAGGAGUAUAUCGGCCACAGGGAUGGUAUCUGGGAUGUCAGUGUUGCAAGGACACAGCCAGUGGUACUUGGGACUGCCUCUGCUGAUCACACAGCUUUGCUAUGGAGCAUAGAGACAGGGAAAUGCCUUGUCAAAUAUACAGGCCACGUGGGUUCAGUAAAUUCUAUAAAAUUUCAUCCCUCAGAGCAGUUGGCUCUAACUGCUUCUGGAGAUCAGACUGCUCACAUUUGGAGAUAUGUGGUACAGCUGCCGACACCUCAGCCUGUUGCCGACACUAGUCAACAAAUAUCUGGAGAAGACGAAAUAGAGUGCUCUGAUAAAGAUGAGCCUGAUAUCGAUGGAGACGUGUCUAGUGACUGCCCUACUAUUCGGGUUCCGCUGACAUCUCUUAAAAGCCACCAGGGAGUGGUCAUAGCUGCUGACUGGCUAGUUGGAGGGAAGCAGGCAGUGACAGCCUCGUGGGACAGAACAGCAAACCUGUACGAUGUUGAGACGUCUGAACUUGUUCAUUCUCUGACAGGGCAUGACCAGGAGUUAACUCACUGUUGUACACACCCCACUCAGCGGCUAGUGGUGACCUCCUCCCGUGACACGACCUUCCGUCUCUGGGAUUUCAGGGACCCUUCCAUUCACUCUGUGAAUGUUUUCCAAGGACACACGGAUACUGUAACCUCUGCCGUGUUCACUGUGGGAGACAACGUUGUUUCAGGCAGUGAUGACCGUACAGUGAAAGUCUGGGAUUUAAAAAACAUGAGAUCUCCAAUUGCAACUAUUCGCACAGACUCUGCCAUUAACAGGAUCAAUGUAUGUGUUGGCCAAAAAAUCAUAGCCCUCCCCCAUGACAAUCGACAAGUGCGAUUGUUUGAUAUGUCAGGAGUGCGACUAGCACGGCUUCCCCGGAGCAGUCGACAGGGCCACAGAAGAAUGGUAUGCUGCUCAGCAUGGAGUGAAGACCACCCCAUUUGCAACCUGUUCACCUGUGGGUUUGAUAGGCAAGCCAUCGGUUGGAACAUCAACAUUCCUGCAUUGUUACAAGAAAAAUAAGGUCAACUUAUUAGUUUGGUGGUUUGCCAUGGACCUUUGAUUCAUGCAGGCUUUUCUGCAUAUUAAUCAGCCAUUUUUUUGUGAGAGUUUCACCCUGAGAAGGGUGCUUUGUAUAUGUUCUUUUCACAUUGUGCCCAGCUUGCAUGAAAUGUACAGAAAAAUGUGUGAUCAUAUUUUUUAUUUUUGUCUCGUGUGUAUAUAUUGGCAUCCUCUGGUCAGUAGAAGUGAAGCUCACCUCCCAUGCAGUACAUAAAAUGCUUGUAAGUUGUUGACAUUUGACAGAUGAACAGUAGGGCAUUACAUUUGUGUGAAUUAAAUGUGAACCUAUGUACUUAGUGUGAGGCAUAAACAGUCUGUUACAUUUUCUGGAAUAAUUAUACAUAUCUACCUUGUACUGGGAGGAGUACAGAGCUGCAUUUGCAUUGGCUAAUGAGUGGUGGGAAUGAUCAAAGAUGGCAUAUCUACUUCUGUGUGAAGUUUUGGCAUGUCCUAUUGUGUAAUUCAAUUUCAAUUUUAAUUUUUAUUACAGUUCUGUAAAAAUAGCCUGGAUUUGCAACAUUCAGAGAGUUUCUUUUGAAAAGAAAAAGUUUCUGCUCUUUUUAUAGAAAAUCAUUUCAAUCGCCUGAGGUCUCAUACUAGCAAAUUCUAAAAUAUAAUGAUUCUAAUCACUGAUUUUAGAUAUUAAGCAAAAUUUAAAGCACUUUAGUUUAUAGCUGUAGUUAUAAACAGUUUUUAGAAGUUUCAAAUGACUUAUCCAUUGAAUGUGACUUGACCUUUUAUAAGAAGGCCCUGCUACCUGAAAACAGAAUCUUAUUUAUUUUCUACAUCAUUGAUUUGCAUAUAUCUAAAUGGGUUCACUUCCUUGGUGGUAUUUGAGAGCCAACAAUGCAAAUAAAUGAGUACUACCUCAAAAAUAAAUAUUUGGAAAACUUUGGAGUCUUAAUGUUGCCUAGCUAAAGCACUUUUUGAUUCAUAGCUGGAAUACUGAAUUAAAUUUAGAAGGCAAGAAAGACAAUCCUACCAAAUGUAUCCUGAAGGUAAAAGGUUUUUCAGUUAGGCUAAUAGGAUGAUAACCAUAACAAAUAGUUCAAAGGUAACAAGAUGCUUUUGUCUUGAGUAGCUGGGAUACCUCUCAGUGCCAAUCCUACUACUGCACGAGUGAGCCUGUUAUCCUUGCCUUCUUAAAAAUUACUGUUCAUCUGAUAUUUGUUAAGUUUAUGUUUCUUAUUGAGUUACAGUUUUAAUAAAGAGACAUCUCAGUUACUGCCCCUCACAUUUUUAAUCCUUUACAUACAGCCCUUUGGAGGCUAAUCACUUGGAGGGCACAGGAAGAUAGUAUUUAAAACUCUCAUGGAGAUAGUUCUCUCCCCCAAUUUCUUGUGUUUCCCCCUGUUUUGUGGUAAUGUAGGAGGACACCUGAACUGGCAAUGGAUAGGUAGCCAUUUGGCAAGAUAUAGUACAUAGGAUGCUCAGGUGUCCUUUGGUGGAGCUUACUAACAGUGAGGAACACCUCAUUGUUGGCACCUUUUACUUGGGUCCUACAGGAGCUGAUCUUAGGAACUUCAUAGCUGAAUCAUUUAGAGUAAUUCUGAAAUGACUAACAGCUAGGAAGGAAUGACCCAAGAAUAACCAGUAAUUAAGGGGCAAACUACAAACGUUUUAGAAUGAUUUGAGUUUUUAAGCCAAACUGUUUAAAGUCCAACAUGUUCUGAUCACAAGUCUGACGACAGUGUUUUUGAGAACUGAAGUCAGGCUGUUCAUUGUGGUUGGUUAGAAUUUCAAGUUCCACCUUGUGCUGUCCUGAGUGUAUUCUGCUUGAUGGAGUACUGCAACAAAAUAUUCACUGUGGCCUAAUUUUACCUUACAGUGAGAGAUCCCCUCUCACAUCUGCUUAUGCAAGGGCAUUGAUGAGCUGCACAGGCUGUGUUCUUGGGUUUCUUAUAUUUUAGUUUGCAAAUCUAGAUUUCUAAGAAUGAUAGUUAGAAACCAUGAAAAAUGUACACAAAUAACUAAAUCAAAUUUAAGAUGCAGUCUUUGCUAGACGAAAAAGAUUUGAAGCUUUUAAAAAUAUAUAUGUAUAAUGUCCACCUAGUUCUAUGGAGACUAGUGACCUUCACUGCCAGUAGCUGCUCACCUCUUGUUAAGUGGAGGAACCAGCCUCUAACAUCAGAAAUGAGGCUCCUCACUCAUUUUCAUGAGGGCAGAAGACCCUAAUGGUGCUUGAGCAGAGUUCUCAGGAGCAGGAUGUGACUUACUGUUAACUACUGUGUCAUCUUCUAACGUGAUCUCAUCCUACUGCUGCUGUGGCCACAAGUGUUAUUUUCAAGGAGUGGGGGGUGGUUAAUAUGUGCGUGUGUGUGUGUGUGCGCGUGCUCAUGUGGCUGAAAUUAAGUUGUGUUAUCAGCCACAUGGGAUCUCAUUUGAAAUAGUGUUUGGAAAUAGGAACACUAUUAUGUGCUGAUGUGUCCAGGAUUUCAUUUAAUAAUGGAAGGAAAAUAUGUGUGUUGAUACAAAAAAUCAUAAGAGAUUUGUUGUUGGAUAAAGCAACAUUCUUUUUCUCAAUCACUGCACAUAAGUUUCUGUAGAGUCAAAAGUUUGUACAUAUUUUGGAAUCUGAAGAUUAUGUAAAUCAUUUGUUACUUAAGUCUGUGAAAACAAGUUUCUUUGGAGGAAAAAGUAUGCAUUUGUAAGUGUUCUGUGGAAUCAUUUAUUUUUAUUGUAUCAAUGUAAUUGUUUUUAAAUGUUCAGUGUCUACAUUGCAAUAUGAAAUUCAUUAAAACAUCCAUGUUCCAUAA